CAGCAGCGCGGUCGUAACCAGCAGCAGCAGCAGGGGAAUUCGGGCAACAACGGCAACCAGGGAGAUUCGAACGGAAAGAAGAAGCGUAAGCGUGGCAAGAAGGGCAAGGGCCAGAAUGGGAACAAUGCCGCCGUCGUCGACUCGGACAGCGAUGACGAAGACGACGGCAAUAUGCAGAACUCUCUCCAGUUCGCUCCCAUUAACGAGGUUCUCACCUUCGGCCCUCCUCGCACCGACCUCGACCCAUCCACUCGUGACGUUCGCCGUCAUUCCAAACAUCCCGCUCACCGUCCCUCUAAUGCCUCUCUUCGCAUUCACAAGAAGGCGAAGAAGGGUAUCGAGCUUGCGCAUGAACUCGGUGUCAAAGCGACGCCUGACGUUAUCCGCGCCCUCGAACCCUGCGGCCAUAUCUCGGAGGUCGAAAGCGACGAUGAAGGCGACGCUGGUCCGUCCCAGAAGCGCAUGCGUACCCUCGCGGAUCGCAUUGCUCCCGCUCCGGACGCGGAAAACGGCAUCACCGCUCCUACCCCUCCUCACCCCUCUACCUUCGGAUACGAGGACUUCGGCGAGUUGCCGCCCUCUCCUGCGUUCCCUCCAUUGUUUGACACCCCGGUCUCUCUCGGAGAUCCGGAUGAGCCGAUGACUUUGGACUUGGACGCGGAGAUCGCCGACAUCGCUGGAAUUUUGGGGAACAUGGGAGAAACGCGUAUGUAA